AGGGUUGUUUAGAAACUAAAGAAUAUAUUUUAAAUGAAGUGACACGGUGCUUAAAUCUUCAUCCUAGUCGAAUUUGUAUUGUUGCUGCUUUGCUUGGAAAUCACAUAAUCAGUGAUACAGAUUUGGCUUCUUUUCAUCGGUCUCUGUGUCCAGAUGCUAAAGGAAAGAUAGCUCCAAAUACUCUGAUCAAAGCAAUUGUUGAUUAUGUCAGAAAUCUACCAUCAGUUGAUGAUUUGGAUGAAGUAGCAUGGCAUGUUUUUGGAUCUCCAUCAGAUGAGAGAUGUGAGAAAUUUAAACAGUGUGUAUUAUAUUAUUGCCGAGGUAACCGAAAUGUUGGAGCAAAUAUUUCAAAUCCUACAGCCUCUUCAUCUGCAGUUGGCAAUUCAUACCUGUUACAAGAAAUGGAAAAUCUUGAUAUUCGUAAUAACAAGUUUUCACCUAGUAGCAAAAGUGUCAGAACACCUCUUCUUCCUACACCUGGAUUCAAUACUGGACCUAAUGUUGGUUCGCAUUUCCAAAACAAUGUAGUCUGUGGGAAAAGUAGUCUUUUAAUGGAUGCAAGUCCUGAAAAUUUGCACAUGACAGAAGAUUCAUUAAUACAUUCUCGUUCCAAAUUUGCAUCUGAAACAGAUGAAAGUGAAAUGUCAAAUCUCCAAUCCAUUCGGCAGGUACUAGGCAAAUCUAAACAUGGAGCAUUUUACCAGUUACUUUCCAAUCAGAGUAAUUCUGAUUGUGAUGGUGGAACUUCAAAUUUUAAUUCACCAAGUAGCAACAUGAUUAGUGAUCAUAAAGAUAAUUCUUUUAGACUAGAAACCCUGGAUGAUACUGGCACAGAACCUGUAAUGGAGUCUACACCAUUG